AUGUCUGAACUGGAAAAAGAUCAAUCGAUCGUGAACGGCAAGACGGAUGAACAUCAUUCGCAUAAAAAGAAAUCGUCAUCAAAGAAAACGACGCGUGAAUCGGAAACAAAUGGUGAAAAGAAGCGCAAAGCACCGAAAAUUGUUGUGGGCGACGAUCCCGUGGAAGACGAACAUGUGUAUGAAUCGAGCCCUUCGAGAAACGUCGGAAGAGAAGCAUCCGAUAGAGAUCAGGAGGUUCCAGUAAAACCAAAGAAAAAACGAGCACCGAAAAUCGAAGCAGACGGCGAUGAAACGAAAACAACAGAUGAGCCAGUGAAAAAGAAGAAGUCCAAGACACCAAAACCUCUACCUGUCGAUGAUGAAUUUCAAAUGAUCGAUGCUUCAGCUGUGAAUGAAGUCGAACCUUAUGUUGAAUCGAAGCCGAAAAAGAAAAAAUCGAAGAAAUCCAAAACAUCACCAAAGCCACAUUCAGAUUCAUUCGAAGAUCUACAAGUCACGAAUCUAGAUGAUCCAAUUCCAGAAAUGGUUGACUAUACGUCUGAGAUGUACCCUGAAGAUAUACCUAUACUUGACAGUGGUUUAGGUGAAUAUCAACAAUCAAUUCUUGACGCAUUCAAUAAUUUGAGUGCCAAAAUGAACUUUGCCGAAUAUAUUGGCGCCGAUGAUUGGUGUGUCGCUCAUAAGCCUAAAUCGGGCCGAGCUGAGAACAAAUCUCGUAUAAGAAAAAUGCUGCCAGGCUCCAAUAAAGCUGACAACAAACCAGGAGCUAAGCCAGGUGUUCCUAAACAAAAACUACUGACACGUUUUCGCACAGGUGUAACAUCACUCGUACGUGACCCGAAUAAUAUGCUCUUUGGUGAACAGCCGACGCAUGAACUCAAUCCGGAUUACGACGAACCCGAGGAAGUAGACACAGAUGAUUUACAUCGCUAUGCUCAAAAACUGCGUGAAUUGGAAGAUCAAGAUCGAGAAGUGAAUCCGGAAUAUCUUGUUCUUCAUGAUGGAAAGACAGUUUAUGCUGUACACGAAGCCGAUGAGGACGGCAAGGUGAAAUUAUCAAAACGUAAGCCCAUCUAUGAUCGUAUGGCUGAUCAAAAGCCUGAUGAUCAAACUGACAAAAAGAAAUUAUUAGCACGUUUGAGAGCACCGUUUACACGUAACAAAGAUGGCAAAGAUAGUAAAUCAGCUACGACGACACCUGAUACUCGUUCGCAUCGUAAAUCAAGUCGAAAAUCGCUCAAUGAUGAGAUGGCAAUUGCACCCCAAGAAGAUCCAAUAUUGAUUUAA